ACACCUACCCGACAAAAUGGCCGACGCAGAGGAAAGGCGACUUGAAGAAGAUGCAAGAAGAGAUGAGAACUGGAAGAGGUGGGGCCCUUAUCUGUCUGAAAGACAAUGGGGUACUGUUCGUGAAGACUACUCUCCAGACGGAGACUGUUGGAACUACUUUUCACAUGACCAUGCCAGGAGUCGAGCAUACAGGUGGGGUGAGGAUGGCUUAUUAGGAAUCACAGACCGACAGUGUCGUCUCUGUGUUGGCUUGGCACUCUGGAAUGGUAAAGAUGCAAUAUUAAAAGAACGACUCUUUGGCCUCACUGGACCUCAGGGUAACCAUGGUGAGGAUGUGAAGGAGUUGUACUACUACAUCGAUAGUACUCCGAGCCACUCCUACAUGAAGGCCCUGUACAAGUACCCCCAGGCAGAGUAUCCAUAUAGCUGGCUUGUUGAUGAGGCCAGUAGGAGAGGAGUUGACCAGCCAGAGUUUGAGGUCGAGGACACAGGUAUCUUCAAUGAUGGUCGCUACUGGGAUGUGUUUGCUGAGUAUGCAAAGAAUGAGCCGAAUGACAUCCUGUGUAAAUACACUGUAAUCAACCAUGGUUCCGAGCCGUCCACUCUGCAUAUCUUACCAACUGUGUGGUAUAGGAACACCUGGAUAUGGGGCUGCACACAUGAGGGAUGUACAUUGAAACCCAACUUCACUAAGAGGGGAUCAACAACAAUUGAGGGAAAUCAUGAGUCGCUAGGAAAAACUGUUUGUGAGUUUGAUGUCCAUCCAGAUAAGUCAACGCCAGACUUAUUAUUCACAGAGAAUGAAACCAACUCAGUGAAGAUGUAUGGUGUUGAUAACUACACGUCCUUUGUUAAGGAUGCUUUCCAUGAAUACAUCAUCAAUGAUGAAAAAGAUGCUGUCAACCCCAAGGGGAGAGGAACGAAGGUUGCAGCACAUUAUGUGUUAGAACUCGCUCCUGGCGAGAAGGCAGUGAUCAGGUUGAGAUUCUACCCCGCUGAUGCAAAACCUAAGAUGACAUUCGGUGACGGGUUUGAACAAAUUUUGACUCUGAGGAAGACUGAGGCUGAUGAAUUCUAUAACAAGCACAUUCCUAACAUCUGUCCUGAAGAAAAGAACAUAGCUCGCCAGGCGUUGGCCGGGUUGUUCUGGAGUAAGCAGUUUUAUCAUUACAUCGUGAAGGACUGGAUGAGAGGUGACAGAGACCAACCACCCCCUCCUGAGAGCAGGAAGAAUGGUAGGAAUGCUGACUGGCAUCAUCUGUUCAACCGUGAUGUUGUCUCUAUGCCAGACAAGUGGGAGUAUCCAUGGUAUGCAGUGUGGGAUCUUGGUUUUCACAUGCUGGCCAUCAAAGAUAUUGAUAACGAGUUUGCUAAGGAACAGCUGCUUCUCUUCCUCAGGGAGUGGUACAUGCAUCCUAAUGGCCAGAUGCCUGCCUAUGAGUUUGCCCUUGGUGAUGUCAACCCUCCAGUCCAUGUGCUUGCUGUUAUUCAGGUUUGGAGGAACAGUGGCCCCAGAGGUAGUAGAGAUGACCUCUUCUUUAAGAGAUGCUUCCAGAAAUUACUACUCAAUUUCACCUGGUGGGUGAAUCGAAAGGAUCCCUCUGGUAAGAACCUCUUUGCUGGUGGGUUCUUGGGGCUUGAUAAUAUUGGCGUGUUUGACCGGUCAAGACCUCUACCAGCAGGUUUUGAACUCCAUCAGGCGGACGGUACAGCAUGGAUGGCUAUGUUUUCGUGCGCAAUGCUCAACAUUGCUAUUGAACUUGCCAUAACAGAUCCAAGCUAUGAAGAUAUGGCCAGCAAGUUCUUUGAGCAUUUUGUUUCUAUUGUUGAUGCUAUAAACAACUUUGGAGACUCAGGCUUGUGGAAUGAAGAGGAUGGUUUCUACUAUGAUCACCUGACAGCCAAUGGCUGUACGUUCCCAAUGAAGAUCCGCUCAUUGGUCGGCAUUGUGCCAAUGUUUGCUGUCCUUGUCCUGGAAGAUGAGAAGAUCAAGAAACUGCCAGGAUUCUAUAAGAGAACUCGGUGGUUUCUCAAGAACAGAAAGGAUCUCAGUGACCAGGUCUCAUUCCUAGCUAAAGGUGUUGGUGAACGCAAGGAUUCUUUGAUGCUCGCCAUUCCAACCAAGUGUCAGCUCAUGAGGACUCUUGGCUACCUGUUAGAUGAAGAGGAGUUCUUGUCACCAUAUGGGAUACGCUCAUUAUCAAAGGUUCAUGAGAAGCACCCAUAUAUCCUGAACAUGAACGGAGAGGAAAGUCGUGUGCAGUACGUUCCUGGUGAAUCUAAUACCGCUCUGUUUGGCGGAAAUAGUAACUGGAGAGGUCCAAUCUGGUUCCCGAUGAAUUACAUGAUAGUAGAGGUUCUCCAGCGGUAUGACUUCUACUAUGGUGAGACAUUGAAGGUGGAGUGUCCGACAGGAUCAGGCAAAUUCAUGAGACUUAAAGAUGUGGCCUUGGAGAUCUCAAGGAGACUUUGCAGGCUGUUCCAGCCAGACAAAGAUGGAUACCGUCCGUGCCAUGGGGACUCUGAACUUUACGCCAAGGACCCAAACUUCAAAGAUCUUCCAUUGUUCUACGAGUACUUCCAUGGAGACACAGGCAAAGGCAUUGGAGCCAGCCACCAAACUGGUUGGACUGCUCUGAUUGUGAACUGUCUCAAGUUGUCUUGCGGCAGUGGAAAUGGCAAGGUAUAGACAGCAAUAGGAGACAUGAUGAGAGAACCAACUGCAUCCAAUUGGUAAAAACAGCUGUUUGACUUUAGGAUAAUUGUGUUACAUGUAGAUGAUUUGUCCAGUCAGGAAUAAUCUUUAAAUUGUAAGGUCAACAAAUAGCAUGUUCGAUCACCAGUGAGGCAGUAAGUUCGUUCUUCUUGGUACUGAUGUCUCAUCUCGUGUCAGGCUGAAGUGAGCGACCCUCGGGGUGGGUUACCUCAACAUAAGCGACCCUCGGGGUGGGUUACCUCAACAUAAGCGACCCUCGGGGUGGGUUACCUCAUAAGCGACCCUCGGGGUGGGUUACCUCAACAUAAGCGACCCUCGGGGUGGGUUACCUCAACAUAAACGACCCUCGGGGUGGGUUACCUCAACAUAAGCGACCCUCGGGGUGGGUUACCUCAACAUAAGCGACCCUCGGGGUGGGUUACCUCAACAUAAGCGACCCUUGGGGUGGGUUACCUCAACAUAAAAUGGCCAAUCGAUGUGAUUUUUGAGGAAAGGUGAUCCUGCAAAUGCCGCUCACCUGGCCUGAUGUUUGGCCAUUCUUGUUCCGCUACUUAUAACUUGUUAUUUCCAGUGGCAUAAUUUUAAUCGUUGUUUAUCCAGUACAGAUGUUUGAAGGCAUUUGCCUCAUGCUGGUGUAUCACCUUAUAAAUGAUGAUACAGAUCCUCAUGACUGCGGUCUCUAGGUAAAACUUGAGCAAACAAGUGAUAAUGCUUGAAUCAAAACUAUGCAGUGUGUGCUCAAAAAUGUUUGAAGCUGGUUUUGAUCUCAUGGAGCAGCCAAGGCAGGAGUUUGUGUUAUAAAAUCUAAUCAAAAUAAGACUCAGGAGGAACCUCCGAUGUACUUUAAAAUGUUCCUGUAGUCUGUCGAGUACUGGUGAUUCUCCUGGGUGUCCACAGAUCUGUUUGUUAAUUGCACGAGUAGGACCAGUGUGUACAUAUACUCAUUCUAUUUUACUGGUUAUAAGGUCUUUCACAUUGCUCAUGAUUCUGUAUCAAGGAUUUUUUUGAUCGAACUAAUUAUCAGGCCUUGGCAGCCUGGUACUCACAGGUACAAUAUUUUGAGUGUAUUUUCAUAUUGUAUUACUAGAGUAAUCGUCUAGCUAUAUACAUGUGUAUCUAUAUUUAUCAACUAUUUACUUUUUGAAUCUUUGCCCCUUGAUAGAUGCCAGUGUUGUCCAUGGAUAACACUCGCCAAUGGUGUACAUGGACAACAUGGAGCCAGCACUGUAGACACAUGUAGUGUAAAUCUGCCGGGAUUUGACCUCGUCCAAUAAGUCACUCUUUUUCUAUUGUUGUGUAAUACUAGAGGUCUUCAGAUAUAUUCUCAUUGUUGUGUAGCACUAAUACGCAGGUACUGAUACAGCUUUUAAUGUUAACUAUCUCACAUUGUUAUACUCAAUAAAUGUCGGUAUUUCA